UCUGUGCUAACUGCUAACCACACUCUUGACACUCUUUGAUCACAGACCACGAAUCCGGAGAUGCUCUAUUAAUCUGUGGAGAUGCUUUUGAUAUUCACGAAACAAGCAGGCGUUUAAUUUCUCUACCUUUUGUUUCUGGUCGGUGUUUCUCUACGUCAAUAAUAAUUUAAUAAAUAAAAAAAGUCAGAUUCACACAAAUACUUUUACUUGUACUUUUACUGAAAAUAGUAAGGCAGAGGUGAGGUACACAUUGAAUAUGCGGUGUUGCGUGUCUUUCUGCAAAACUACUUCCGACGAUGUGUCUCCGUCAGCGAGGAAGGGCAUUAGUUUUCACGGUUUUCCCAAUGAUGUUCGUCUUCGUGCUGCUUGGCUCAGAGCCCUCGGUAAACAAGACAGUCACCUACCAGACUCAGCCGUGGUCUGCUCCAAGCAUUUCCUAACUGAUGACAUUUAUGAAACGGAAAUUGGUUUAAAGCACAUUGUUACUGGUGCUAUUCCUUCAACAGUGCAGGUUUGCACGAUAUGCCUAGACACUGACAGCAAGAUGUUUCUGAUGAGUAAACUCAAACUAGAAGAAGCAUAUGAAAAGUUAACGGGACAUCGGUUGUGUGAUCAAGGAAACCUAAAACAAAUGGUUUGUGUACAAUGUGCUCAAAGAUUGAAAAACUUUCGGCGAUUUAGAGACAAGAGCUUGAGAGCCCGCGCGCUGAUGAUGGACUUAGUUGAUCAACAUGAAUUAAUUACUAGACGUCAUCUAAAAAUGAUAAAUCGCACAAGACAUCAACUAAAAAAUAAUUUUGUGAUGACAAUGCUAGGACCUGAUCCCUGUGACUUGUACAUACUAGAAGACCCCUCAGAAGACAAACAGACAGAAUCAGAGGCAACGGAACACAGAGUUGAAGUGAAAGAGGAAGAGGAAAAUUAUGACUGUAUGUCGGUUGAUGAAGAUAUGGAAGUGUCAAAUGAAGAUGAGACUUUUGUCAUCACAGACAAUGUCAAUGACGAGUUUGUUGCGUCUCAUGAAGGAUACUUAUCUGACGAUAGCAUAAAGUUGGAAUUAAAACUUCUGGAUGAAGCUAUUCUCGAAGCUCUCGGGAGAAACCGAGCUGUUGCAGAACAAGUGACUGAAACACUGGAGCCGAUAAAGUGUGAAAGUGCUCCCUUCGAAUGUACUCUUUGUCCUGAGGAGUUUGUCUGUGAACUUGCUUAUAUGCAACAUAUGAGCAUGCAUAUCCAGAGCAGUGAUGGAGACCGUGGCAUGUCCCGAGUAUGCAAGCCUCAUACAGCUGUGAGCUCCAGCUCCUCACACUCUUCACUCCUGACAGAGAACAGGCAGGCCGUUCAGAAGCUGAACGAUGGCCCUCUUCGUUCCACAGACUCGGCUCUAACCUCGGAUGCUCUUUUAUCCGCGGGCAUUGCGACGAGUAUCGAAAACCAAGCGCAAUUAGAAGACGCCGGUACAGUCCAGAAAAGUAAACAAGUUUUGAAACCAAGCAAUAGUGAAUUGACAAAAAAACAAUUCCACAACCAAUGUGCGGAUACCAGUAGUAAGACAAACAUUAAUAAAUUAACAAAUUGUGUAGUCAAAUUAUACGAUGUCUUCAAAACACAUAACAAGGAUGUACUAAUACGAGACAAAAUGCUGGUGACAAACCAAACAACUGCUAAAGAUUUCAACUGUCAGCUAGUUAGUCAGAACGAAGACAUGAGAGAUGCGAUAGAAGAUAUUGCUCCUUUCACUAAUAAAGUGGAAGUUAAUAAGCUUAAUGUUUCAAAAACUUUACAAAGUGAAACUGAAUGUUCCAAAAGUGACAAUUGUAAAAAUAAUUUACUGAGUGAGAAAAAAUCGUUUACUUGUGACUUAUGUGGGAGUAUGUUCAAAAGAAAAGAUAACUUAGUUACACACCUUAAGAUACACACUGACAUUAUGCCAUUCACUUGCAAGUUAUGUCAAUAUAAAGCUAAUCGUAAAAGUAAUGUCAACCGACACAUGCGAACUCACACUGGUGAAAAACCGUUUUCUUGUGAGUUGUGCAAAUAUAAAUUUUCACGAAAAGGUAAUUUAGUGAGCCACAUGAGAUCUCACACUGGUGAAAAAUCUUUUUCUUGUGAGUUAUGCGAGUACAAAACGGGUAGUAAGCAUUAUUUAGCAAUUCACAUGAGAACUCACACUGGUAAAAAACCCUAUUCUUGCAAGUUUUGCAAAUUUAAAUCUUCAAGAAAUAGUGAUUUAGUUACUCACAUGAGAACCCACACUGGUGAAAAACCCUUUUCUUGCAAGUUUUGCAAAUAUAAAUCUUCAAGAAAUGGUGAUUUAGUUACUCACAUGAGAACCCACACUGGUGAAAAACCAUAUUCUUGCAAGUUUUGCAAAUAUAAAUCUUCACAAAAGAGUCAUUUAGUUAAUCACAUGAGAACGCACACUGGUGAAAAACCUUUUUCUUGUGAGUUAUGCGAGUAUAAAGCUGCUCAUAAACGAAGUUUAGUGAUACACAUGCGGGCUCACCAGCGAAAAACUCUUUUCUUGUGAG